CCUAUCAGCACCAUGCCAAGCCAACUGCAGAGUGCCAUGGACGCACUCAUAACAGUUUUCUACAAAUACUCCGGGAACGACGGAGACAAAUACAAGCUCAACAAGGGAGAGCUGAAACAGCUACUGAACAGUGAACUCACUGACUUUCUCAUGUCUCAGAAAGACCCCAUGCUGGUGGAGAAGAUCAUGAAUGAUCUGGACUCAAACAAAGACAACGAGGUGGACUUCAAUGAGUUUGUGGUUCUGGUGGCGGCCCUGACCGUAGCCUGCAACGACUUCUUCCAGGAGAAGCAGAAGAAGAAAGCCAACUAACAGUUAAAUCCGAAAUGGCUUCCCCUUGCCUAUUUAGUGCACUUCUAUUGGCCAAAGCCUCAUAGGGCUAUGACAGGUCUAAAUAGGGCUCUGGUCAAAAGUAGUGCACUGCAUAGGGAAUAGGGAGCCAUUUCAAACUGGCCCGUGGAUAGAAAUAGAAUUAGAAACCAACAGAGGUAGAAAGUAAUGAAUUACAACCACACCCAUCAUGCUGAACAUUGAAUACUGUGAUCACUUCUCAAUUCCCCUUGGUCUCGGUGCUACUAAAACCACUGCACUAUAUGUUUGUCAACAGCAGAAGGAGAUUAGACUAAAGUCGAAAUCAUAAAUUAACAUACUUUUGCUAGAAAUAGGAUACUUCUGUCCCUCCGACGCAUCAAAACAGAUGAUUUCAAACAUGCUGUCACACUACCCUGAGUGCCAGACUGUUUCAGCUCUUAACAACACUUCUGGCCAGAGAACAUAACCACAGAGAUCUGGCUAGAGAACAUAACCACAAAAAUCUGGCUAGAGAACAUAACCACAAAGAUCUGGCUAGUGAACAUAAACACAAAGAUCUGGCUAGUGAACAUAACCACAAAGAUCUGGCUAGAGAACAUAACCACAAAGAUCUGGCUAGAGAACAUAACCACAGAGAUCUGACUAGAGAACAUAAACACAAAGAUCUGGCUAGUGAACAUAAACACAAAGAUCUGGCUAGUGAACAUAAACACAAAGAUCUGGCUAGUGAACAUAAACACAGAGAUCUGGCUAGUGAACAUAAACACAAAGAUCUGGCUAGUGAACAUAAACACAAAGAUCUGGCUAGUGAACAUAAACACAAAGAUCUGGCUCGUGAACAUAAACACAAAGAUCUGGCUAGUGAACAUAACCACAAAGAUCUGGCUAGUGAACAUAACCACAAAGAUCUGGCUAGUGAACAUAACCACAAAGAUCUGGCUAGUGAACAUAACCACAAAGAUCUGGCUAGAGAACAUAACCACAAAGAUCUGGCUAGGGAACAUAACCACAAGGAUCUGGCUAGUGAACAUAACCACAAAGAUCUGGCUAGUGAACAUAACCACAGAGAUCUGGCUAGUGAACAUAACCACAAAGAUCUGGCUAGUGAACAUAACCACAAAGAUCUGGGUAGAGAACAUAACCACAAAGAUCUGGCUAGAGAACAUAACCACAAAGAUCUGGCUAGAGAACUUAACCACAGAGAUCUGGCUAGUGAACAUAACCACAGAGAUCUGGCUAGUGAACAUAAACACAAAGAUCUGGCUAGAGAACAUAAACACAAAGAUCUGGCUAGAGAACAUAACCACAAAGAUCUGUCUAGAGCAGAAACAAACUGGUACCCAAGCUAUUGUCACAUACCCUGAGGUGAUAUCACAAUAACUGUCUGCUUGGUUAGUUCAAUGAUUGAUUCAUUAUGUCAUUCAUCCACCUUUUCAUUGAUUUUUGCAAUGUAUUGUAACUAUCAAUGUGUCACAUCUUGCAAAGAGGGAGGGGGGGGGGGGUAUUUCCUGUAUGUCAGAGACAUACUUGAGAAUGUUCCUUCCAUUCUAAAAUGUGCUUGUUUCAUGAACCCUUACUGUCACUUAAUGAGACAUUUAAGUCUAAUUACAAUUGCACAAGCAUGUUUAUUAUUCAUUAUUAAUUUGCCGUCACAUGUAAAUGAUUGACAGCAUAUAAUCAUAUGAAAAUGAUUCGCUUGACAAUAUUUGUUUUAUAUUGUGACAGUAACACGGCAUAAUAAAGUUCUAGUCCCCAAGACCUUGAGUGUGUGUGUUUUAGAUUGCGAGUGUGUGUAUGUGCCUGUCCUGUGUGUCCUUCCCCAUAACUCCUCUUUGGUGGAGUCUUCUGAAUAUUUCUCAAGGAGAGGUUGUGCUGUGCUUUUGGAUGGUUUAUGUAUAAAGCGCCUGGUGAUGCAUUCGAUGACGCAUGAUGAUGAUGACGCAAUCCCCAUUAACCACCUGGACCUUUCACCACCUGUCAGUCAAAGUGACUCAUGACAUCCCAACUUCAGAAGAAGUCACAGUGGCAGUUUUUCCUUGGGGAUUCAUAAAGUACAACCACGCUAGAAUGUAUAGGAGAACAACAUUUUAUUUUGACAAAAGUCAUUUUAACCCCUAAUCUGAACCUGAGCUUUUACACUAACCUUACACCCAACUCCUGAUCCAUUAGAAGCAACAAAGCAUCUUUAGCUUUUAGAAAAGCACCAUAGAAGAGCAAUGUAUUGUUAACAACAACGACAUACUGUAUACAGUACCUGAUUAAUGAUCUCUACAGUCCUAAAAGUAUCCCCUGUUGUCUGAGCUGAAACCAUAACAUUUAGAAUUAGUAGUCUUCCUUUAUUUUUUCAGGUGCCCAACCCCCUCUCUCUACUCCAACACAGAGAUCUGUUAUUGAGUAUCCUGAAGGAAAAACAUUCAUGAGCCAUCUACGUACGUACGGAUUCACGCGCCACACACACACACACACGCACGCACGCACGCACGCACGCACGCACGCACACACACACACACACACACACACACACACACACACACACACACACACACACACACACACAGAAAGUUAAUUUCUAUUUUCUGUGUGAUUGGUUGUAAUUGAGCGGGAUAAUGAGCCUGUCCCCCCUGGAGGAAAAUGAUGUGAUGAUUAUCUUUUUUUUGUGACAGCUGUAAUCAUAGAGACUUGGAAACUUUACUUAUUUUUCCAUGAUUCAUAGAUUCUGUUAAAGAACUUGUAGUCGGUGUAACACCAUUCUUAUCUUUUGUUAUUAUCAACCCCUUUGAUGUGGGGUUGUGUCAUCUUUCCAUUGGAAGCAUAAUAAACUAGUACAUGCAUUGCA